GGGAAUAUCGGGCAGCGUUGAACCUAUCAAGACUCAGAAGCCGCCAGGAAUUUCAGUAUCAAUGCAGAGAGAAGCUGGCUGGCUCCACGAACACGCCUACGGAAAAUCAACCCUGUCAGAAGAGUCCAGAAGCUUAGAUGUUUCGUGUGACAUGGAGGUAAGGACUCACCAGGUAGCAUAUAUAUGCUUAAUAGGUUUACCCCUGAAUGAAGAUAUGACUCCAAAUUGCUUUUGUUAUUUCUACUUUGAGUUGGAAGAAGAUUUUGUGAAGCUGUUCAAGAAAUCACUGCGCACAUUCCCAUCCACUGGCCUGCCUAGCCUUCUGGCCUACAGACCUGAAUCGUUACGAGAAAUCCUACAGGUUGAGAUAGAGGAAGACUUUGCUCCAAGAUGUGAGUACUGUGGCAGCCUGCUGAAGCCAUUCCCUUCCUUUGAAGACAUUUGGCCACUGUCACAGGAUUAUGAAUCAAAGUUUUGCUGUGAACAUAAUAGAGACCUCUACGAGUUCAUUGUGAAGGAGAGGAAGACCUAUGAAGGCACCUGGAACAUUCCCACUGGUGUUGUCCCCCAUGAGUCCCAUGGCACUGAAGCUGACAGGCUGCCGUCAGAGGAGAGGGCAUACGAGAGGCAGCUGGAGAGACGAUUGACCAGACAGUUAUUUUUGGAGGCAGCAAAGGCAGCACUUGCAGCUGAACGUUUAAAUGAACCUGGCACAAUUUUCUACCAGCUUUCCCUGGAGCCCCCGUCACCAAACAGCUGGACUCUGAUGCCUGCUGAGAGAGCAGCAGAGCCCAAGGAGGAGCCCAUCUCCUACAGUGUCACCUGUUGUGAUUUUACCUCUGUUGGUGGAAAGGUAGUGAAGCAUGAAUUUCUGGAAAAAUACUACAGACAUGGAGGGAAAUUCCUCACCAUGCUUCCAGAUGGAACAGCGCAGUUAUUCUAUCCAUCUGGAAAUCUGGCGAUCACUGUUGUACAGAAGAAAAAAUGUCGUGUUUGCAUAGUACAGGAAGACAAGCCAAGUUAUGCCGAAAUACAAGCAAUAUUUAAAUCCGAUGGCAGAAGUACUUGCUAUUAUCCAAACGGAACUGUGUGGAUAUACAUGAGUAUUCAGGGAGGGCAGUAUUUGGACCAAGCAGGCAGCAGGGUGAGGAGGUGGACAUGGCCAAACAGUGUCAUGUCACCAGGACCCCAUGUCCCACUGAGACCCAUCUUCAUCUCCCUCAACCGGCACGUCGGGGUCAGGAUCCUGGGCCAGGAUAAGAUCGCUGUUUCCUUCCUUGCAAUGGGGCGACAAGCAAAAUUCAACGUGGGAAUCAAAGUGCAGGUCAGCGAUGUCAGCCAGCUGCCUCCCCCUGCCCUGCUGAGCGAAGACGACGUCCUGCUGCUUGCCUUCAGGGUGAGGAUCCUGCGGCUCUUUGACAGACUGCGUGGAUGCUUAAACUUUCCUUCUAGCGAGCAAUGGGACAAACUGAAGCCUCCAGCAUACCUUAUCACACAGACUUUGAAGAUCUUACAGCUUUGCACAACUUCUGACAUAAGCGAUCAGCUACGUAGCUCAAUCAGGGCAAUAAUAAAUGUUGAAGUCUGA